AGUAUUCCAGUCGGCGGUUUCUACUUGUCGCGCGCUUGGAUCCAUCAUUUGAAGAACCCAAUGGGAAAUCCUCCUCAACAUUCGAUGCAGCUGUCGUUCUGGGCACCACGAGUUCCGGUCCCAAGCUGGAACUGCGCACUGGUUUCAAGUUCUGGAUCCCUCCCUGGGCGUCCGCCUCAUCCUCCUCCUCCAGGUCUGCCCACCGAUUGGUGCUUCCCUGGUGGGCUUUGCCGGCGGCCUCCUUCUCAGAGUCUGACAUUCCUGCCAGGGAAACCCCAAUUUCGAAUUCCAAAUUUUGUGCUAUGUAAGAGCAAAGCCCCCAAAAAAUCCCCAGUCACUAUGAACUGCAAGCUACGUCGCCUGGACCUGUUGCGAAAUGGCCAAAAGUCGGACUGCGAGCUCCAUGUUUCGCAACCGGACAAGUUGAAGGAGGGCAAGCGUUGUCCAUGCAUCUUCCGCUGCCACCAGGUGAUGCUCAUCUCCGCCUCCGCGGAGUUCGAGCGCCUGAUCAGGGAUCCCGAGUUCCAGAAGAACAAGCGAGUGAUCAGCGUGGACGACGCCUCUCCCACCGCCUACGAGGCGCUGCUCCUCUACAUCUACACGUACGAGGUGUGCAAUGCGUUGACCAUUGACAUGUGCGGUGACCUCAUGCUGCUGGCCGAGCGCUACGAGAUGCUGGACUUCAUCGACUGCUACAUCGACAAGCUGGCCCACCAGGAAUGGCCCAUGGAGGUGGUUCUGCAGGUCUUCCACCUGGCCAGCGAGCACCACCAUCCGGCACUGAUGGAUCUCGUGGCGAAAAAAAUCCUCCCUGUAGCCACCCAGGUGCUCGAGGACAACUCGUUCCUCAAGCUGAGUGUAAAGGAGCUGAAGGCUCUGAUGAUAAUCCUGAAAAAGGAUGGAGAUCUCUCCGAUCACGAGCUGCUGACCUCGCUGAAGAACUACCAGGAGGUGAACAACCUGCGCUACGAGAACAUGGAGCAGUUCCAGCAGCUCGUUGAGGUGACCCAGUUGUUCGGCCACGUUCUCUUCGAAGUGGAUGGCACCAUAGUUGUGCCCGAAGAACCCGAACCUUCGCCGGAGGAAUAGGUAGGAGUUUGUUUACCCAAGAAAAUAGUCAGGAUGGUGUACAUAUCUAGAGGGAUCAUUUAUUGGAUAGGGAUCGAAAAACAAACAAAUCGAAUUCAUAUCGGCUUAAAGAAUAAAUACUACCUAUAAACAUAA